ACUUCCCACUUCUCUCCCGGGUCCUUGCGAGUAAAGAGUCUUUUUGGAGGAAGAAGCACAAUGACGGGCAGCAUCGAGGGACUUGAGAGGUUUGACAGUCCGGGGAAAGGGCGAGGUCUCCGUGUUACCAGACCCUUUAAAGUUGGAGAGCUGCUGUUUUCCAGCCAGGCAUACUCUUAUGUGCUGUCAGUAAAGGAGAGAGGCUACUACUGUGAGUUCUGCUUCACCAGGAAAGAAGGCUUGGCAAGAUGUGGGAAGUGCAAGAAAGCCCUCUACUGCAAUGCAAAAUGCCAGAAAGGGGACUGGGCCAUGCACAAGCUGGAGUGCUCUGCAAUGACUGCAUUCGGAGAGAACUGGUACCCGUCAGAGAUAUCCCGCCUGGUGGCCCGGAUCCUCGCCAAGAAGAAAACACAGAAAGGAAGAUGUGUAUCUGAGAAGAUCUUACUCAUAGAAGAGAUGCAAUCACAUGUGGAGGACGUAGACAAUGAGAAAAGAGAGAUGAAUGAGGCAGAUGUUGCCGGACUCCAUCGUUAUUUCUCCAAACAUUUGGAGUUACCCGGCCACAAAGACCUGCUCACACUCUUCUCCCAGGUUGCCUGUAAUGGUUUCACUAUAGAGGAUGAUGAACUGUCCCACAUAGGUACUGCAGUCUACCCAGAUGUGGCAUUGAUAAACCACAGCUGUCUUCCCAGUGUCAUAGUCACAUAUGACGGGACGUCGGCUGAUGUUCGGGCAGUGAAGGACAUGAAGCCUGGAGAUGAAGUGCUCAUCAGCUACAUAGACGUCCUCUAUCCAACAGACGACCGCAACAACAGGCUGAGAGAGUCCUAUUACUUUACUUGUGAGUGCAAGGAAUGUAAAAGCAAGUCCAAGGACAAGGCAAAGUUGAAAGUACGUAAGCGCAGUGACCCCAUCGAGCCAGAGGUCAUUAACAACAUGGUGCGCUACGCUAAGAAAACCAUCAGAGAGUUCCGGGCCCUGAAAUACACAAAAACCCCUAGUGAGUUGCUGGAGAUGUGUGAACAGAGCCUGGAGGAGAUGGGCGCUGUCUUCGAUGACUCCAAUGUCUACAUGCUCCACAUGAUGUACCAGGCCAUGGGGGUUUGUCUCUACAUGCAAGACACAGUUGGAGCCAUCAGAUAUGGCGAGAACAUCAUCAAACCUUACAGCAAACUGUAUCCAGCCUACUCUUUGAACGUGUCCUCCAUGUACCUGAAGUUGGGCAGACUGUACAUGGGGCUAGAGAAGCAUUCAGCGGGCAUCAGCGCUCUCAAGAAGGCAAUGGCCAUAAUGGAGGUGGCUCAUGGGAAGGAUCACUUCUACUUGACAGAGCUGCGCAAAGAGAUACUAAAAAAAUGAAGAAAAAUGAAAGCAAUGAUGUAACACGGCUGACUGCAUACACUCCUUUGGCUAGGAGACCUACAGAACUGAAGGCACUUUCUACUCUUUUUGGCACUGAAGCAAAGAUAGAGCGCAUUCAUGUUUUUAUGGAAAAAAAAUUUUUUUUUUUCAAGAUUCAACUUUUUAAAUCAGUGUUUUGUAUGCAAGAACCUUUUACUGUAGUUUGUUAAAUGGAGGAUAAUUUAGCAAGCAGGCAUUUAAUGUUCAUUUCUGACAUUGUGAAAGCUGCUUUUUACUCAUGUUGACCAUAAUGAGUUUGAGAAUUCCUAAUUCGUAAUGAGUUUGUGUUUGUUUUGGAUUUUGACUGACAUGUCAGCUGGACCCUGUCAUCCAUCAGAGUGGAGUUGUUUACAUAUGUGUGUAGGGGGUCAAUGCAACAAAAUGCCUGUCAGCCUAUCAGGACAGCUACCUCACCACAGGAGGCCUGUUAAAGCUGCAGAAUGUGCCCCAGUCAGGAUGGUGGGCUGGGCUACAGCGCUGUGUUUGCAUUAACACCUUGUGUGAGUAUUCUGCAUUAAUUGUGACUAAUGUCUCCUUGACACUGUCUUACCAACAAAAAGAGAAUGAUUUAAAAAUUCAGAAAUAAAUGAAUUUGUGGCCACA